CUCCGUCACUCUCUACCUGCACUACAUGUCGACUGGUUCGCUCUGCAUUUACAUUCCUUCUCAAUCUUGUUUUGCUAUAUCAAGGCUGACUCUCCUUCAACCUCUCCAUUCACCCAUUCUAUUCCAUUCUUGUUGAUCAUUUUUGGAUCUUUCAUCUUGUAACAUGAAGCUUUUCUCUCUUCUACUUGUGGCCUUGGUCUCGGUGGUCAGCAGUGCUCACCAUCACCGCCACCGCCACGGCAUUAGUGAUCUUGAUCCAGCUAAAUUUCCCGGACCUAGCCACCUUGAGCCUGGCACCCACCACCUGAUACCGCGCAACACCAGCGCGGAAUACAAGUCCAUUGCUUACUUUGUGAGCUGGGCAAUCUACGCCAGGAACCACACCCCGCAGGAAAUCCCCGUCGAUAAACUGACCCAUAUUAUGUACGCAUUCGCCAACGUCACCUCCAGCGGCGACGUUGCCCUAGCCGAUCCAUGGUCCGACGUCAAUAAACACUUCCCCGGUGAUUCAUGGAAUGAUGUCGGAAACAACGUUUACGGAUGUGUCAAGCAACUCAACCUCCUGAAGCAGAAGAAUCGCAAUCUCAAGGUGCUUCUAUCGAUUGGAGGCUGGACAUACUCACCUCAUUUUGUGAUUCCGGCGAGUACGGAUCAAGGCAGGAAGACAUUUGCUUCUUCGGCUGUCAAGUUGCUGGCCGACUUGGGUUUUGAUGGAUUGGAUAUAGAUUGGGAGUACCCUGCCAACGAGGCCCAAGCCUCAGACAUGGUAUUACUCCUACGCGAGGUUCGCGAGGAACUAGACAAAUACAGCCGCGAACACGGCAACGGCACGCACUUCCUCCUCAGCAUAGCUACCUCAGCAGGUCCCUCCAAAUACAACACCCUCCACAUAUCCGCCAUGAACCCCUACCUCGACUUCUGGAAUGUAAUGGCCUACGACUACGCCGGCAGCUGGGACACAACUGCAGGCCACCAGGCCAACCUCUACUUCUCACGAGACGACCCCAAUUCAACACCCUUCCACACAGAGCAAGCCAUUUCCGCAUACGUAGCCGCCGGCGUUCCCGCCCAUAAACUCAUCCUCGGUAUGCCGCUCUACGGGCGCGCCUUCUUAAACACUAUAGGUCCAGGUAAGCCGUUUAAUGGUAUCGGUAAAGGAAGCUUCGAGGAUGGGGUGUGGGAUUACAAAGCGCUUCCUCCUGUGGGGGCCAAUGUGUCUGAACUGAGAAGUAUUGGUGCAAGUUACUCGUUUGAUGCUGCCAAACGGACGAUGAUCAGCUAUGAUACGCCUGCUAUUGCUAGGCAGAAGGCGGAGUAUAUCAGGAAUAAGGGCCUGGGGGGUGCCAUGUGGUGGGAGACUUCGGCGGAUAAGGCUGGGGCGGAGAGUUUGAUUACUACGGUCGUGGAUUCUCUAGGUGGUACCGGCGCUCUGGAAAGGUCGGAGAAUCAUCUGGAGUAUCCGGCGUCGCAGUAUGAUAAUGUGCGGAAAGGGUUUCAUUGAGUGAUACAGGUUGUUGUGACACGAUAGAUUGUGUGAGCUUGUGAGAAGAG